GAGCUGUUCUUGAGGGCUCCCUUAAGCCGGAGACCCGGACAAGGGGUGAUUUUGGGGGUGGGGUGAGGGAACCCCCAAGCAGCAGACCCUAGCGGAGGACUUGAGCACGGAGCUAGCUUAGGGCAAAACACAGGGCUCAGGCAAGGGUAGAGGGGCCAUCCCGGCUGAGCCCGCUUCUGUUCUGGGUCAGUCCUGGACUGACUUCUCGACCUUGAAGAGUUCACUUUCGUUUCUGGGUCUUAAUUUCCUCAUCUGUGAAGUGGAGAGCUUGGAUCCAUUAUCUUUCAAGGGGUUUCUACCCCAAAACUUAUGUGAUAGGCCGCCCCCCCUUAGGACCUCUUGUUGGGACUUUCCAGCUUAACAAAAGUAAAAGUUGGCUUGUGAAAACUGUGGGAUCUGCGCCCCACCGCAUCCCUGGUCCCUCCAGGCCGUGAGUGAGGCCCACGGUUCCUAGGAAAACUGGGUACUCAGAGUCUGCAGAAAUGGAGACUUUUGCCAUCAGUUCUUAAAGACUACUUCUUCUGCAGGGCUGGGAACUCUGCUAAAAAAAGAGGAAUAACUGGAAGGCCUGCUUAAAAUGUAGAAUCAGCGAAGGGAACCAGGGAAACUCAGAGAAGCUGGCAGAUGACUGGGAAAUGAAGACGAGCUGGCUGCUCCAGAAUGAAGUGCAACUUCGAGAAGGGGAAGUAGAAAUCCAGCUGGCUCUUGGCUAUGGCUUGUGAACCACAGAUGAACCCCAGCAUGUCAGCCAGCCCACUGCCCACCGCCUCUCCUGGAUGGAGUGCUCUGCCGGGGGGCAGUCCUCCUGGCUGGGGACAAGAGCUCCACAAUGGCCAGGUCCUCACAGUCCUCCGCAUCGACAACACCUGCACACCCAUCUCCUUCGAUCUCGGAGCAGCAGAAGAGCAACUGCAGACCUGGGGCAUUCAGGUCCCGGCCGACCAGUACAGGAGCCUGGCUGAGAGUGCCCUCUUGGAGCCGCAAGUGAGAAGAUACAUCAUCUACAACUCCAGGCCUAUGCGGCUGGCCUUUGCUGUGGUUUUCUAUGUGGUGGUGUGGGCCAACAUCUACUCCACCAGUCAGAUGUUUGCCCUGGGGAACCACUGGGUGGGCGUGCUGCUCGUCACCCUGGCCGCGGUGAGCCUGACCCUGACUCUCGUGGUCAUCUUCGAGAGAGAGCAGAGAAAGGCCAACACCAACACAGACCUCAGGCUGGCAGCUGCCAAUGGAGCCCUUCUGAGACAUCGGGUGCUGCUGGGGGUGACAGACACAGUGGAAGGCUGCCAGAGCGUGAUUCAGCUCUGGUUUGUCUACUUCGACCUGGAGAACUGUGUGCAGUAUUUGUCUGACCAUGUUCAAGAAAUGAAGACCAGCCAAGAGUCCUUGCUGAGAAGUAGAUUGAGCCAGAUAUGUGUUGUCAUGGAGACUGGAGUGGACCCCAUAACAACAGUGGAGGGGCCUGAGAACCUGGUGGAGGAAGCACCUCUCCUGCCCAGGAGUCCACAUCCCAGGGAGAGGCCACUCUUGCAGACUGAGCUUCGCCAGCUCAUUCCUGAGGCCGAGCCAGAGGAAAUGGCCCAGCAGCUGUUGGCAGUGUUUGGUGGCUACUACACCCGGCUCCUGGUGACCUCCCAGCUCCCCCAGUCUGCGGGUACACGGCACACAGACUCUCCGAGGGUUCCCUGCCCCUGUCAACUCAUAGAAGCCCACAUCCUGGGUCCAGGGUGCUGCCCGUUCCUGGUCAGGUGACCUAGGGACUAAGGUCCUCCUCUUCCUCUGAGACUGAAGGUGAGACAUGGGGAGGCCUCAGGAGCCUUAGGUGGCUGGUGCCAGCCCUGCUGAGAAGAGAAGCCUCUGGGGCACUCCGCAAGGUGUCAGCAUAGGGGUGUUGUGCAACCCCCGGAUUCUGCACAGAAAAGCUGUGGGCACCGCACCCUGACUGCAGGCCUUUUCAGAAAGUGCUGGUGACCCUGCUGGACCCACUUCAAGCUCCUCUCUGUUCUGCUUUGAACCAUGGGCAGGAUGAUGGAAGAGCCUCUCUCCGGUCCCUUCAUGUUUGGAGAGCCCAAGAAAUGUGAAGGCAACCAGACUGGGCCAAACUGGUGUCCACGACUUGGUCUCUGGCGAUGCUCCCAUUCCCAUCAUGUCAGAUGGAGAAACUGAGGCUCCCAGGGGACACAGCACUUUGUGGUAUUGCUUUGAGCCUCAGACGGCCUGUCCCCAACUGGAAGAAAGGAAGCAAAUUCUCAGAAUUUCUUCAUUUUUAAGCUUUUCUUCCUAUUUGAUGAUGAAUGGAGGCUUCUGUACUUGUUUAAUCUGCAAUCCUGCAAGCUCCAGGAGACAGAAACAAGAAACAAAUGGCAGAUGACUACCAUUAGAGGGUUGGGAGAAGACUGGUCCUGUCUGAUUUUACUCAUUUAGAGGCAUGUGUGCUUGUGAUUGUGGUUUUAUCCUUCAAAUGUAGAGCCAUCCUCCUGUUGUCUGACAUGAACUCUAUCCAAGAUUGAAGCCUAAUCUGUACCUUGUGAUUUCCAUCACAAGCUCAGAGGUUUCUAGGUUCUUUGCUCCUAAAUCUGUUUAAGGACCCAUCUCACUCUUCUAUUGGUCCAAGUCCAACAGCCCUGCUCUGGCAUGUAGUCUCCCCAACUCCCAAGACCUGGCCUGCAUCUGUAAUUUUGGCUUCAUCGCCUACAGAACUCCUUCAUAAAUUGAAAUGUUCCUGGACUUUGUUGGACUCCUAUGCAUGCUUCAAAGCCCAGAAUUACUUGCUCCCCCUCCAGGAAAUUAUUAGUAACUAUCCCUGCUAUGCUCUGUUUUUUUUAAAUUCCUGGAGUAGCUGCUGCCUUUACUGAUAUUUUUUGUUAUUAAUUCUAUUUUCCUGUCCACAUGCCAAUUUUUCUAGUAGAUUAUAAGCUCCUCAAGGAUGCAGAAUAUGCCUUCUGGUUUUUGUGCAUGACUUGGAUCGGCCAUGUGGAUUGAUUACUUUGUUAUCCCCAUAGUAGCUUUUACAAAUUAUUCUCCAUACUCACUUGUAUAAGGUUGGCUCAUAACUGGGUUCUUCUGAUCUGCCACUUCUAACUAUAUGACUUUGGCUGGUCCUCAGUUUACCCAUCUAUAUACUUGGGUAGAUUGUAUAGAUUAUGGGUGAUUCUUAAUGGCCCUUCCAAAGUUAUGGAAAUUUCUAGCUUUUUAUGUACCAUUCUGUCCACUGGCCUAUCUUUCUGUUAUGCCUUCUUCUACAUGUAGGAAGGUCCUAGGGCCCCACGCUCUGAAAUGUUCCACACUAGAUACACCUUGGAUGGAAGGUGCAUCCAAGGUGCAUAGAACACUUGGAUGGAACACUAGCCUAGUAGCAGGAUACCUGGGUUUUCAUUUCCUAUCUGCUGCUUCCUAGAUGUGUGACCUUGGCUAGGUUACUUAACCUCUCUGAAUAUCAGUUCACUCCCUUAUAAAAUGGAUCUGGGGAACAUAAAACAUAGGAAUAUGAGUGACUUGUCAUGUAAGAGAGGAGUCAAACUAUUUGCUCUCUCUGGACCAGAAGAGAAAUCACAUGUGUAGACCAGCCCUUGAAAUGGCCGUUUAAAACAUUUCUCUUUUGUCAGUUCUGAGGGUGGAUUUGCUCAAUGAGAAUUAUUCAUGAAGACAGUCACUGUCUUACUUCUUUGCCACAGAGGAAAUGAGGGCUAUGAGUGUAGAUGUGCACAUUUAUCAUCCAACCAUAACGCCCUGGGAAGUAUAACAGUGGAAUAAAGAUGUGUGUGUAAAAUAACAAAGCGGCAGGUUCUCAAUUUUAAGGUUUACUUAAGAGCCUUGAUGUAUUCUUUCCUGCCUUUUCCUCUCUAGAUUUUCUGAUCGUCUCCCCAGCUGGUGAGGCAGUCAGUGUGCGCCCACCAGGUAUAUUUUUUGGUACCUGUGCCUCAGUUUCCUCAUUUAUGACCUUGGCCUUGUCUGUUUGAGAAUCAGUUUCUACCCCAGAUUUUCAGGGUUAAUGACAGAAUUGGUGACAGGGAGAUGGCCCUGGGUCCCAAGAUGGGAGUGAAAGAAGUAGCUUAGUUUGUUUUCUGGGGCCACAUUUAUUCAAAUCCAGGGUCCACCUAGGAGCAGCGUCCUUCCACCCUUUGGGUCUCACUCCUCACCUGUGGAAUGGGGUAUAAGAGUGCCUACCAGGCAGGUUAUUGUGAAGAUGCAAUGAUAUCAAAACUAUAAAAUGCUUGCUACAGAAUGUGAGGGGCUUGAGUUUCAAGCUGGAAGAAGAGCUCAAUAAAUG